AUGACGAGUGUCGAUGAGCUCUUCAAAAAACCCUCCACUGCAGGAAGCUCUAAACGCAAGUUCGAGCCCGUCCAAGAUCCCAAUGAGCUAUACAAAGCAGCCAAGCUGGGCUCCAAUGGCGACGUGAGGUCCAAAGGCAAGGAGCCCAUGGUGGAGGAUGAGAUGGAGGAUGAUGGGGAAGCCGGUCCCGAGCUGCCACCCGACUUUGGCGAAGAGGAUGUACCAGACGACGAGGAAGGGCGCUUCUUCGGCGGAGGCAUGGAACAAAAGACCGCCGAUGCGAUGCAAUACAUUGACCAAAAUGAAGAAGAGGAGACUGCGCCAGAGAAAUUCGACGCCGCCUGGGUUCGCCGAUUUGCGCUAAACUUCGAGAGAAAGAUAUCCAAGAAUGCGGAACUCCGUGGGAAGUUUGAAGGUGAUCCACAAAAGUUCAUGGCAUCCGAAGCCGACUUGGACACCGAGAUCAAGGGGCUGUCGAUUCUGUCGGAGCACCCUGAGCUGUACGAGGAGUUUGCCAAGAUGGGUUGUGUCGGCUCGUUGAUAUCUCUGCUCUCACAUGAGAAUGCGGACAUUGCGAUUGACGCCAUCCAGAUUAUCAGUGAGCUGACCGAUGAAGAUGUGGAGGCUGAACAGGAACAGUGGGAUAGCUUGGUCAAUUCCAUGAUGGAUGCCGAUCUUAUCGAGCUCUUGACACAAAAUCUCGGUCGUCUGGAUGAGAGUUCAGAGACCGAUCGUGCUGGAGUCUACUAUGUGCUGGGUGAGUUACUUGACAAGUACACCGUCUGGCGAAAGCUAAUCCAUGCAGGUGUCCUGGAGAACCUCUCCUCCCAGACUCCGCUUGCAGAGAAGAUCGGGCAAGACGCUACGGUCUUGCCUUGGAUCUUAUCUCGCAUUCAAAAGAAAGAGACCCCUGUGAGCCAGAACAAGCAGUAUGCCGCUGAAAUCCUGGCCAUUCUCCUGCAAUCUUCCUCAAAGAACCGGGAGAAGUUUAUCGGUCUCGAAGGUGUCGACAUCAUUCUCCAGCUUCUCAGCGCAUACCGGAAACGCGAUCCCGAGAAGGACUCCGAUGAGGAGGAAUACGUGGAGAACCUGUUCGACUCUUUGGUCUGCCUCGUUGAUGAAGACUCAGGGAAAGACAAAUUCAUCGAAGCGGAAGGUAUUGAACUGGGCCAGAUCAUGCUCAAAGAGGGCAAGUUUAGCAAACCGCGUGCUCUUCGAGUCCUCGAUCAUGCACUCGGUGGAGCAGGAGGUGCUCCAGCUUGUGAGCGAUUGGUUGAAGCCGCAGGAUUGAGGACGGUAUUUGGAAUGUUCAUGAAAAAGCAAGAGUCACAGAACAUCGAGCACCUUUUGGGUAUCUUUGCCUCGCUUCUCCGACUUCUGCCUGGUGGUUCCGCUGCGCGUAUUCGAACGCUAGCCAAGUUCAUGGAGAAGGACUAUGAGAAGAUUGAGAAGCUCGUAAAGUUGCGGCGGGAAUAUGCUGCUCGCGUUUCACCUGUCGAGGAGGCUAUUGCAAAGGAGCGCAAAGGCUAUUCGCCAGAGGAUCAGGAACUCAUGGCUGGUGAAUGGCUGUCACGACGAUUCGAUGCCGGUCUUUUCUCAUUGCAGACUAUUGAUGUUAUCCUGGCAUGGUUGAUCGCUGAGGAUGAUGGUGCUAAGAAGAAGAUUGUCGCCCUCCUGGCAGACCGGGAUGAGGACCUGUCACUGGUUCGGGGUACCCUGCAAGAACAACUCGACGGGCUCGAAGGGGAAGAACAAAGCCAGAAGGAUUUCAAGGAUAUGCUAAGCACCUUGCUGCAGUUCUUGUGA